GGCGCUUAUUAAGAAUGUACGUUCUUGAAUAUUGUUUUUUUUCCAAAGAAUUGAUUAAGUAUAAUUGCAGAGGGCGGAGGAAAACUCUCAAUGCGCUGCCCAAGCUCGAAGUCAAGUGAUAUUUUCCCAAUGGUGAUUCCAAGGUUGUAUUGCCUUGCAAUUUGCAGCGCAUGAUGGCGCGCUCCCCGCUUUGCACGAAGUAUGUAGUGGAGGAGUCCAGUCUGUCGGCCGAGGCGUUGGAAUGGUUGAUUGGUAAUAUUGAAACGCGUUUUCAGCAGGCAUUAGCUAACCCUGGCGAAAUACUGGGUGCUCUGGUCUCGCAGAGUUUAGGCGAACGUGCUACACAGUGUUUUUAGAUGACACUAACAUUAUGCUGACGUGUGCAGCGUCGAGAAGGCUAAGAGCGUGCUGUGUCGUUUGAAGCACACCACCUUGUGGAAAGUAAUGGCCUGCUAUUUAUACGCAGAGAUCAUCUCGGAAGAUCAAGAAUGCGUAAAUGUCUACUAUGGG